AUGGAUAUCCAAACAUUGUCUAGUCAAAUUGGAGGAUUCAUGGAUAAUUUCAAAUGGGAUGAAAAUACACCACUCUCCAGUCGAAUCUAUCCAGCAGCUACUGCCAUCACCUAUUUGGUUGUCAUUUAUGGAUUGAACAAAUUCAUGAAAGAUAGAAAACCAAUGACUUUGAAAGGAGUUUCAAUUGUUCACAAUUUCAAUUUGAUUGUAUUGUCACUCACUAUGAUGCUUGGUGUUUUGGAAGCAGCCUAUAGACAAGCACAAGAGCAAGGUGGAUUCUCAUUGCUCUGUGAGAACAAGCCAAAUGCAGUCAACGGUAGAAUCGGUUGGUGGAUCUAUGUAUUCUACGUCUCCAAAUACUACGAACUUUUUGACACUGUCAUCUUGGCACUCAAAAAGAAGCCAUUGAUUUUCUUGCACGUCUUCCAUCAUAUGGCAAUGGUUCCAGUCACCUGGCAAUGGCUCAACGACCAAUGGUUGGUCGGUUCCUGGUGGUGCGUCUUGGUCAACUCAUUCAUCCACACCAUCAUGUAUUACUACUACCUCCAAACCACCCUCGGAAACGACUGUUGGUUCAAGCGUUACAUUACCACCUCACAAAUCAUUCAGUUCCUCACUGGAACUGCCAUCGUAUCACAUUGGUUCUACAUUAGAAAGACAGAGAACUGUCAAGGUGGAAUCGCUCCAGCCAUCGUCUCAUACGUCAUCAACACUCUCUUCAUUGGACUCUUUAUUCGUUUCUACAUCAAGUCAUACUCCUCCAAGAAGAGCGCUCCAGUCAACCGUAAGAAAGUAGAGUAA